CUCUCACCUGCCGACGGCCGGCGCGGUGCAUGACGGGUACUAGUUCCGUACACAGACAUGACACCGGAGCGGAAUCAACAACUUUGGAACCGCCUUUUUCGCGUUUUCCUUCAUUUUUCAAGAAUGCAGACGACUCAACCACGUCCAUAAUAUUCCUCUGAACCGAGAAACGACCGAAUCCACGCACCGGAGGCCAUGACAUUGAAGAAGAAAGAUUUUCAGAAGGCUGUGUCCUUCAUACAAGAGCUUCUCCUCAAGAUUAGCGAGGACCCGGAAUGUGCCGAGGUUCGCGACAGCCUCAACCUAGUGCUCGUGCACAUGCAGCGGUACUAUCGCCUGCUACGCCUUCGCAGGAAAGAUGGCGGUAAGGUGAACCUCGCCGCGUCCAUGCCGAACGGAGGUGUGAGUCCUGCGGUCCCCACGCACGAUUUUCUGGACCAUUUCAGUUGGAGGUGGCAUAACAUAGAACACAGCGUACCUCUGAACGGGAGCCUUCCGAUAGAUGGGAGAAAAGACUCUGGUAUUCCGUUGGUUCUACAAGCUGUUAAGGAAGGGGACAAGGAGCUUGUUGCACAGCUCAUAGAAAAGGAUAAGAAGUGCCUACGUCAGACGGACAGCCUGGGCCGGACCCCUCUGAUGUACGCCGUGUGUCACAACCAGCACGACUGUCUCAGCCUACUGUUGGAGAAUAAAGUAGACCUGGACAUACAGGCACAUGAUGGCAUGACAGCCAUCGCCAUGGCAGCAAAUAUAGGCAACGCCCCUGCAGUAGAGCAGCUGCUACAGCAGGGGGCCAACUGUGACCUACAGGACAUCCAGGGUAGGGCUGCAGUACACUGGGCAGCGGCAGGGGGCGACACCAGAUGUCUACAGCUACUGAUCGAGGGGAAAGCGAACCCCGCCCUGCGUGAUCGGGACGGCAUGAGCCCCUGCAUGUGGGCGUGUCGGGCGGACAUGAUAGACCACCUGGACAUGAUCCAGUCCGCGCCGACCUUUGACACGGAGGAGGAUGAUGGGAUAGAGCGGGACAUGGCCGGGCGGACGUGGACCCACUGGUCGGUCAGGAAGACUGAACCACUGCAAGUUCUACAGACCCUACUGAAGAACCAUAACAUGGCAGCUAUAGUUGACAACGAGGGCAAAUCUGCAUUCCUUGUGGCAGCUGAACAGGGUGCCUUGCCAGCAUGUAAGUUGAUGUUGUCAGAGUUAGGACAGGACUGUCUAGAUGACAGGGAUGAUGAGAAGAGAACAUGUCUACAUCUAGCCACCAUUUGUGGCCAUGGGGAGGUCGUCAACUUCUUCCUGGAAAAUGGAGCCAACCUCCACGCCACGGACUGUCACGGCGCCACAGCGUGGGACUACGCCGAGAGUCGCCAGCUGCACUACUGCAUGCUGGUCCUGGAGGCGCACCAGCGACAACAGCUGCAGGAGUCCGGGCAGCUACCCCCCUCCCAACACAGCGGACACACCCCCCAGUCUCAGGCACACCCACCGCACCCCCCUCCCACACCACCCAGCAGGGCGGCCAAGAGACAGAAGAACGGGUCGGAGCCACACAAACAGCAAAACCACUGUGCAAUAGAACCGAUGGAAGAGGAUGAUCAGGACAGCAGACAGGGAGAGCUGCUGCAGUCCCAGCUGAGUGGACAGGGGGAGCUGGUGCAAUCCAUGGACAGAAUGGAUGUCGGUCAAAACAACAAAGUUGCUGACCGUUCCAGAAGCAACAGUGACGUGAACAGUGACCAGAGCCUCAGUGUGGGGAUGAGUGUGUCUGACAUCGAUGGGGAGGGGGCAGACAUGGAGGAGGGGCAGGGAAGGGCUGUGCAAUCUCCCCGUGGACCUGGCAACAUGCAGCAACAUGGACCGAACCACGUACCUCAUCCUCCUUCACGGGGCCAGCCUCCUCAACCAAACAAUCAACAGGUGAUGCAAUACUACGACAGCUACCCCCCUCAGGAGAUGUACCCACAGGAGUACCCCCCUCUCCAGGUCCCCACGGGGCCCCUGGCCGUCCCCCACCCCCCUCCAACAUCCCCAGCCCACCACCUACAGCCCCCUGAGCCACAGCAGAGACGGAACCCCCCUCCUGCCCAGCUGGCACCCCUGGGACCCCCCCUAGGACCCCUCCAGCCAGUGGAGAAACAAAAGAAGAAAAAGAAAAAAGGCAGCAAGGCUGAGAAGGAGUCUGUCCCUGCACCCCUCAGACCUAACAGACCAGCCAGUCACACUAUGGGAGAAGGAAGAGGGCCAGAAGACCAUGACAUGCCGGCCUGGGAAAUAGAGAGGCCCAGCGCCCCUGUACCGCCCCCCUCCCCUCGGGCGGCAUUCGGCAGCAACCCUCCCCCACCAAAACACAGCAAAGGAACAUAUGGAGAAAAGAUGCACCGGGAUGAGCACCAUUCUCCCAGAGAUGGUCCUCAGGAGGAGGAGAAGGACGAAGGCGUUCACCUGGGAGUACCGCAGCCUGGUUACCAUGGCAACAGGCACGGGCCCGUCAGCAGGAAACAAGCAGCAAUACUACCUCCGGACAUUCAGCAUGAGGGGAAGACUGGGAUCCCCUCCCUGCAGAGACCAAAGACCCCCCUGCGGAAGGGCCUGGCCUCCCCACCCUCUGCACCCCCUAGGCUUGGGGGAAGACUCAACAGGCCUGUUGCUUACUGAAGAGAAAAAAAGUCACAACAUAUUUCACUUGUAGGUGAAACUAUACCAACAUGUGGAACUUCCAACUAGAAUUUGGACAGAUUUGUUGGAUAGUUAGCUGGCUGACUCUAGUUUAAUUAAAUUUUGAUGAAUGUGUACCUUUUUAUUAUGAUUGCUGAGAUCAAGGAGGUUUAAAAAAUGAUUUAUUUAUUUAUUUUUUAACCUCCUUGCUCAGAUGCAAGUAACUCAAGUGCCCUAUCCCACUAUAAUCAUAUUGAAGUAAUUGAAGCCUCAGUGCACCCUUAUCUAGUCCUGUAUGCCCAAAGCCUUUAACACUCAUACAAUGUCCCUUAUUGUGGGAGUGUCUCUCAAAAUUCUUCUCUACAAUGCUCUAAAGUGGAUAUCUCAUUGGACUGUGCCACAUUGUACUAGGAAAUUGAAGAAGCUUUGCAAGUUUAUGCCAAUUUUACCUCGCGAUCGCACUCAGUCUGGCAUUUGAAUCCUUUGCGUAUGAAGCCGAGAUAAUCAGCUUGUUAGAAAUGGUACAUAUUAUAUGAUGACAUGUAGAUUCAAUUUUUCUAGUCCAAUGAGAUACCCACUUAAGGCCACACCAAUUUAAUUUGUUGGUUCUCGGAUUUAGAAAAAAAAUGU